GAGGCUGGCUGGGGAGGCAUCCAAGAUGCAAAGGGGUGGCGGGGAGAGAGAGCACGCCAGCUUGGAUAAGUAACUGAAAACACUUUGGCUGCGAGGAAAUAUGGGAUGUAUAAAAUCAAAAAGGAAAGACAAUCUGAAUGACGAUGGAAUAGAUUUGAAGACUCAACCAGUACGUAAUACUGACCGAACUAUUUAUGUGAGAGAUCCAACGUCCAAUAAACAGCAAAGGCCAGUUCCAGAAUCUCAGCUUUUACCAGGACAGAGGUUUCAAACUAAAGAUCCGGAGGAGCAAGGAGACAUCGUGGUAGCCUUGUACCCCUAUGAUGGCAUCCACCCGGAUGACUUGUCUUUCAAGAAAGGAGAGAAGAUGAAAGUCCUGGAGGAGCAUGGAGAAUGGUGGAAAGCUAAAUCCCUUUCGACAAAGAGAGAAGGGUUCAUCCCCAGCAACUACGUCGCCAAAGUCAACACCUUGGAAACAGAAGAGUGGUUUUUCAAGGAUAUAACCAGGAAAGAUGCAGAAAGACAGCUGCUGGCGCCAGGGAACAGUCCUGGAGCUUUUCUUAUCAGAGAAAGCGAAACCUUGAAAGGAAGCUACUCUCUUUCUGUCAGAGAUUAUGACCCUGUGCACGGUGAUGUUAUUAAGCACUACAAAAUUAGAAGUCUGGACAAUGGGGGUUAUUACAUCUCUCCACGAAUCACUUUUCCUUGUAUCAGUGACAUGAUUAAACAUUACCAAAAGCAGUCAGAUGGCUUGUGCAGAAGGUUGGAGAAGGCUUGUAUUAGCCCCAAACCACAAAAGCCGUGGGACAAAGAUGCCUGGGAGAUCCCACGGGAUUCCAUCAAGUUGGUGAAAAAGCUUGGUGCUGGGCAGUUCGGGGAAGUCUGGAUGGGUUACUAUAACAAUAGUACCAAAGUGGCUGUGAAAACCCUAAAACCAGGCACUAUGUCUGUGCAAGCUUUCCUGGAGGAAGCCAACCUCAUGAAGACCCUUCAACACGACAAGCUGGUGAGGCUCUAUGCCGUGGUCACCAGAGAGGAGCCUAUCUACAUUAUCACUGAGUACAUGGCCAAGGGCAGUUUGCUGGAUUUCCUGAAGAGCGAAGAAGGGGGCAAAGUGCUGCUUCCAAAGCUAAUUGACUUUUCUGCCCAGAUUGCAGAGGGAAUGGCGUACAUCGAGAGGAAGAACUACAUUCACCGAGACCUACGAGCAGCAAACGUUCUGGUCUCUGAGUCACUCAUGUGCAAAAUUGCAGAUUUUGGCCUUGCUCGAGUAAUCGAAGAUAAUGAGUACACAGCAAGGGAAGGUGCCAAAUUCCCCAUUAAGUGGACAGCUCCAGAAGCAAUCAACUUCGGAUGUUUCACGAUUAAGUCUGAUGUGUGGUCCUUUGGAAUUCUCCUGUAUGAAAUCGUCACCUAUGGGAAAAUUCCCUACCCAGGGAGAACUAAUGCCGACGUGAUGACCGCCCUGUCCCAGGGCUACCGGAUGCCCCGCAUGGAGAACUGCCCAGACGAGCUCUAUGACAUCAUGAAAAUGUGCUGGAAGGAAAAGGCCGAAGAGAGGCCAACGUUUGAUUACUUGCAGAGCGUCCUGGAUGAUUUCUACACGGCCACAGAAGGGCAGUAUCAGCAGCAGCCUUAACACACAGGAAGGCUCGUGGCCAUUGGCUGGGACGGCUGCCUCCUGCCAAAAGAAAACAGGACAAUCACCGGCUGCGCUAGGAUCUCUUGCACUAGGUCAUCACCGCCCCUGCUUCCUGAAAGUGAGGCCAGGCUACUCAGGAAGAACAUUCUCGACAUGGAAGAAAAGUAUUCUCGUUCUCGUUGGCUGAUGCUCGCUGGUGGCCGCUUGGGCUGCUCCCAGCUGGGACCCUUGCUUUGCUAGACCAGCAUCUGCAGCCAGCCUUCUGAGAAGAAAACACCUGUUCUGUCCAAGAUGCACCCACUCUGGCCUCUUGUUUACAGCUUAAUGUGUGACUCUGGGGUUCAGAGGCCAUUGCAGUGAAUCUCAAAUAGUAACAGACUGAAACUCAUUUAUAAAAGUAAAGUAACCGGAUGCAUAUCGUGACCCUUCUUUGCAUUUUCUUUGUGCUUUGGCUUAUCUGUUAAAAAAAUUACUAAUCCAAUCUGUUACAGUUUGCAGGUGAAGUCCAAAGUUAAAAUGGUCUCUCCCAGAUUUCAGUGAGGUCCCCUCCCCCUAAAAUCCAAGACUGGUAAACAUUUUCCUUCCGUGGAGACUGCUCAGAAACCCCUAGACAUGAAGCAGAACAACCGCAAUCUUCUGGUCUGGCCCUGUAGAAAUAUCCCUGGUGAGCAUCAGAGCUGCUGUGUGUCCCAGCGGGGACCCCGCCGACGGCCAGGCUUGGCCCAGACCUCUCAGGACAGGGACAAGGGCCGCAAGAACUGCUCUACCCUAAGAAGGAAUAUUUCUAACAGUCCAGCUUUUCAAUUCCACAAUUUCCUAUAUAGAGACUUUUUUUUGACAGUGUACUUUGGGAGAGUAAUAAGAUUCUAAUCUCUGCAGGGCCUUAUGGGGCCUGAUAAAACAUAAGAAUUUUCUUUAUUGCUUCCAAUGAUUUGAACGUUAUUUUAAUGAUGAAAUGUUAAUUUUAGUUGUACUUGAGAAAAGUAAAGACGCCAUCUUUGGGUCUAUUUUUGUGAUUCAGCAAUCUUUUCUAAAUUUUGUAAGGCGUGCGUGAGACUAUUUAUACAAGGAUAUGAAAGCAGAAUAAGUGACUGAGGAGGCUCAAAAGAGCCCCCAUAGCACAGGAUACGAGAGGUUUUGUUUACUAAAUUUUUCUACUGUAAGCUUUGAAUAGAAAAUGCUGUAUCACCUCAUGUUUCUCAUGCUCUUGUGUAUAUACCUAAUAUUUCUAUUUUUUGAUUUUAUUUUAAUACACCUGGCCCAAUAA